ACAUCCAAGGAACAUUCCUUGUUCAAUAACUGACUUUGUGAUGGCAGCCAGUAUUCCAUCAAAUCUAAGCCAGAAUUUCAACAGAGAUGGCUAUGUCACCGGAAUUCCUGUGCUGACUCUAACAGAAGUAAAAGAAUUAGUACAGAAUUUCAAUGCACUGGAAAAAGAAAUUGGUAAAGAAAACUCGCAGUAUUCUUUACAUAACGUUCACACCAAACUUCCCUGGGUGAUGAAAAUGGCAGCUCACCCUAACAUCUUACGCCCACUGCGUGCCAUACUUGGUGACAAUAUCUUUGUGCUGGAUUCCCGCUUCAUAUGCAAAUACCCUGACAAAGAAAAUUCACGGAAGGAUGGUGCCAAGCAAUAUGUUGCUUGGCAUCAAGAUGUAAGGUAUUGGGGAGUUGAAGGAAUGGUAGUAACUGUAUGGCUUGCUGUUGAUAAAGCUGACAUCGAUAACGGUUGCAUGCAAGUCAUUCCAGGUUCUCAUAAAUUUGGAAUUUUCGAGCACAUAGAGGCCAAGGAAAAAGGAAAUUUAUUGACCUCUAAUCAAGAGAUACCCCUCAGCCUGUUCAAUGUGGAGAAGGCUGUGCCAUGUCCGCUGAAUGCAGGAGAGAUGUCAUUGCAUCACGGCCUAACGGUGCACGGCAGUGAACCAAAUCUCUCAGAUCGCCGUCGGUGUGGUUAUGUCAUUCGAUACGUAGCUACGGAUGCUUAUUCGAUUAACGAUCCAAACAGACCCCGGACGUUCCCGGCCACUGUGUUAGUAUCUGGCAAAGAUGAACUCCACAACUUCACUGAUCAUGCCCCUGAAUGGUUUAAAAAAUGAAUUUUCAUGACGGUAUGAAAUAUGUUGCAUUGGUGCCAGUAUUAAGAUGUAAGUAACCCUUAUAAUUAAAAGAACAGUUCUUUGAAUCACAGACCGAAAAAUCCUUGCUUUGGCUCAUUUUUUAGCAUCAGGGAAUAAAAUCAUACAUUAGGGAUCAAUAAUUAAAACCAGGCACCUUCAUAUUACCAGAGUAAAACUGAAUAAAAUAAAUAUUUAAAUGUCAAA